AAUAUAAAAUAGCACGAUUCUUCGUGCUCGCGAAAGGUGAGAGCAAAAGAAUCGGUGAUCUGCAUUUCGACGAGUUCCUUUUGUGAGGGGCUUGCGAGAUGGAAACAGAUAAUAAAGGACACGCUCCUGCCGAGACUUGUUAAAACUCGGAUCGUUCGUUAGAAGGCGCUCGUGUAGCGUGCUUUUGCUCGAUCCCUGGAAUUAUCCGUUGGAGGUCAAUGCGGAUGACAUUGAGGGGGGCAGGAGCCGGCCAGGGACCACCGAUUCACGAACGAUCGAUGCGAAAAUGUCACACGGCAAUUUGAUGCAGGGAUACAACUGGGAAACUCAGUACGACGAUCCGCAGGUGCAAUUCCCUCGUCCCAUUCCGGACGAAGUUAUCAGCGUUUACGAGGUUUACGUGAAAGAAGACUCCGGCCCGGAAUCGAAGAACGGUGAUGUACCGGGUGUUUCGGGAUUAGGACUCGUCGCUAAUCAUCAAUUGAGCCAAGUAAUCAAUCGCUACAAUAGUUUUAUCAAAACUGAGAGUGGUUUACAACCGAGUAAAAUCACUUUCAAGGAGGAGUAUGUAGACCUGGGAGUGGAUACUAUAGAUUCCGAAGUGAUCAAUAUAGACAGUACCAUCACGAAACUCGUGGGCAAGGACGCGUUAAGGUACAAAAUUUUCGAGCAAAGUGUUAACACGCCGGACAAGAAUGUGGUUGUAUAUUCACAUCCUGUUGCCGAAAGACCUUCGCCUCCGACGACCCGGCUUAUCGACAAGGAUGAUCCGCGAUCCAGGCUGCAUUUUGUAAAAUAUCUAAAACGCGAUGGGAAGACGCUCAAGAUCUGGGAAUGCGGUAUUUGUUCAAAAGAGUUUCGCCAUCAGUACACUCUGAUGAGACAUUUGCCGACUCAUACCGACGAGAGAAACUUUAAAUGCGAGGCUUGCGGCAAGGCUUUCCGACAGUUGUCAACAUUGAGUCAGCACAAAGCUAUACACAGCGAUGCCAGGCCCUAUGUGUGCGAAUUUUGCAAGAAAACAUUUAAUAGAGUAUCUACGUUAAUCUCCCACCGAAAAACACACUCGGAACAUAAACCGCACAAGUGUCACGUGUGCGGUAAAGGAUUUCAUCAAAAAGGCAAUUUGCGAAACCAUGUGUUCACGCACACGAAUGAGCGGCCGUAUAAGUGCGAGUUGUGCGGUAAAGGCUUCAAUCAAAUGUCGAAUUUGGUCUGUCACAAGGUAAAAGCGCACGCACACAUCGACAAAAUGCAAUAUUCAUGCGGAGUCUGCGGGAAGGAGUUCCCACGACGGUUCGCCUUGCGCUCGCACGAGGAGUACAAGCACGGUAUUAAGUAUCGAAGCACGAACAACGCGCAGUCCACAACGAACGAGCCAAAUGCUGGGAAAAGCAAGAACGUUAGAAUCAUUCAGUUAUACAAUGGCGAUCGGCGUCAAACAAGUGAGAGCAAAGAGAAAGAUUAUUUCGGCUCGUCGGAUUUGACGGACAGCAUCGUAAUAAACAAAAUCGAUACGAAAGCGAUGGAAAUGGCAUUGCUGCAGGGUCAAACUCCUUUCGCCCUUUACAAACCCGCGAAAGGUAUACCAGUACUCGUUAAAAUUUCGUCCGCUGCGAAUAAUAAGCAUAUACUUACACCUGCGACUGCCGAUGAUUUGCGAAUGGCAGAAAAAAUAACUUUGAAUCCUACCGAGACUUCAGAUGCUGACGGUAAUAAAGCUGUUCAGGUGAAAGUACCAGUGGUUGCUACUGUGAUGCAGAAUAUCGAACCUGAUGGCAGAUCUACCUUCAUCGUCGAGCCUCCUGGUGCGGAACAGGAGCAAGAUGAUCUGGUGACAGCAUUGGACACGCAGUUCUCUCCUUCCGUGCUCAAUCGCAACGAGUCGGACCGGCAAAAUGGCCUGAACUCAACUACGUCGAUAGACGAGUGUAACGAGUUACUGGAACUAGCCGCGCAAGGUGGAAUACAGUUUGUUCGCGCCACGGAGGACGGUCGUUACGAGGUCAUGACGAACAGCGAGGCCCGCGACUUAAUGGCGCAGAAUUCCCACGACGUAACGAUUCUUGACGGUGAACAGGCGGAUGCGAUCAAUCUCGUGAAUAUACGCAAUAAUAGUGAUGUCAUCAUCGGCGACAACGAUAAUCAGAUCAUGGUGCUGGAAUCCGGCCAAAAGUCCAGUGGUAUGUCAAUGGACGACAUCGAAGUUCUUGAGGAUAAAGAUAUUAGAAUUCUCGAUAGUAAAAGCCUCGACGAUCGUUUCGCGGAUGGCAUGUCAUUUCUCUCCCAGACCAAAAUCGACGAUCUCCUGCUGGGUACCAAAUCGCUGCCUAUCGAUGGCGCUCUUGCCGGGCACGAUGUAAUGACUGUGACAUCGAACCAACAAGAUCUAACGAGCAUUUUGGGUCAUCCCUCGAAUCUAUCUACUAGUUCGCAAUCCUCGUUGUCAUCUCUUUUCAUGAAGAACCAUACGCCAUUAUCGUUGUUGAGCGAGACACUACCGUACCUAAAGAGCAAUCAGAGCCUUGCAGAAGAUCUAAAUAUUCUUGGUGUCUCCCCCAUGGAAGAUCAUCAUUCGGAAUACGAUUCGAAAAUGAAAUUGUCGUCAGUCUUCGACGACGACUGCGAUACUGGCUUAAUGCCUUUUGGUCAAUCAGACAUGAAGAUGCUCGACCCCGGAAGUCAGUGCAUGAAGUCUUUCAGUGACAAGUUUUGUUUGCCACCCCCGAAAUUAUAUCCCGGCUUAAAUGAGGUGAAGAUCUUGGGACCAAAAAAUCACAGCCAUGAGUUUAUGGCUCCGCACUAUCAAGAUACUAGAUUCCUCAGUCCUUACGAACAGUUCCUCAAGAAUACUUCCAUGCAAAAUGUUUGUAUACCUAAUAUCAUCGACGCAUCGGAAGGAUGUAAAAAGGAGGUGAAAAUACUCGGUAAAAGACUCGGUACUGGAAUUAUUACUACGACUGAGGAAGGUGACAUCGUCAAAGUUAUCGAUGACAAACCUAAAUUUGAAAAUACAUUGGACCUCUGCGACAACGUUUUGCAGCAGUGUACGACCAUAUCGCCUAGACGAUUGCCCCCCCCCCCGCCGAUAGAAAAUGACGCGGACAACUUUUUGCUUCAAGCUGGCAGUCCCUGUUCGGAUUUUCUGAAUUUCGGUAAUCGCCUCGCCGGUAAAGAUUUGUCGCCCGACGGUCACAUUGAUAGAAGUCAGAAGGAUGAUCGCGGGGAUAGUUUCACGUCCGGAGAAAUGCUGGAUCUGGAUUGACGAAACGCGGCGGACGUAGAUAAAACGGACUCUUACUUCCGGAAUUAUUCGUUUUUUUUGUAUCGCUGCGGUUUGCCUGGCGAUGUAUUCGUGCAUUGCUUCGAUCCUGUCCGGUGCGUAUAGAGAAAUGAAAGGUAAUAUAUGAAUAAAAAAUAAUUAAAUUACAAUGAAGAGGAAGGUGCAUUUUAGCAAUUUUUUAUAGUUUUCUGUUCCGCAAAAAGUUGCACAUAUUUAAAUACGAUAGACCGAAUUUUUAUUACUUACAUAUUUUUACUUGCAAAUUUAUGUUGCUAAAUAAUGAGUGAUACUACAUACAAAUUAUCCUAAUAUUUUUGAGAGUGCGCAACGAUUGAUUCGCGAUCGAAGGCUAAAUAAAAUAUUU